UAAAGUAGUAGAAGUACCUAACCUCAAACGUAACACUUUUUUGUUCCCGAUUGUUUGUAUACAAAGACAAUCGGUUGACAUUUGCGCUUGAUUUCUUUAGUUUGUAGAAUGUUCGUCUUAUUGGGCGAAUUAAAUUUUUGGACUUUCGACAAUGACGUUAACAUUAAGGAAACAGAUUUCGGUGCCUUCUGCUAUCACGAUAAAAAAAUUGACAAUGUUUACGAAGAAAGCAAGAGGUCUUAUGCUCAAAAGCGAGGGAUGGUCUAUGUUCCACAGAAUAAAAAAGGAAAUAAGAUGAAAGACUCGGUCAAAUAUUUAGAGGAACAAUUAAACGAUCAUUCUACUAUACACUGUCAAUGGACCGAUUAUCACACCAUGCAGAUUAUGCUUAGUUCUGGUUUGUUGGUGUACAUACAAGUUAAUCUUUGCUCUGGAGAUAUACAAAAAAUUGUAUUUGAUAAAUAUUUAGUUGGUAAAUUACCAGAUCGUUUAUCAGAUGUUAUUAUUACAAAGAAUUACUUAAUUUGUACUUAUAACGAUACGCAAGUUACUUUGGUUAGCUUCUUCAAACCAAAAAGAAAUAUUUUUGAUAAGAUAAGUAGGUUGGAUCCUAAACUGUCAACAUUUGAUAUUUGUGGGCCUAGUGGUCGACGAUUGGAGAAAAAGAUACAGCAUAAUAAAACAGAAGAUUUGAUUUUGAUAUGGUGGAAAUCAACUAUGAAUGAAGUUUAUCCAUGGAGUCCAACAGUAAAAGAACAUGAUCGGGCUAAUGUCCAUCUUUACAGACUUACAGGUGCUAAGUUGGAGUUGUUGUGUUACCUUCGAACAGAGUUUGAUCCCUUGAGCAUAAUAUUUAAUACUAAUUAUGAUAACGUCAUUCAUUCACUGGAGCAGAAAGUUUCUCGAAAGGGUGAAGUUACAGUGGAAUGGAGAACAUACGAAGUUUCACAAAAUGAUAAAUUGCAAAGGAUAGCAGUGGUUUCUGUACCAUUACCAACCCACUCAAGUUGUGUAAGGUUUUCACCUAAUCAAGAUAUGUUAUUGUUGUGUUGUAUUGAUGGUUCUAUAACACUCCAUGAUCACACCAAGGGAACCAACACUAGUAUCAAAGCAGCUUUUAUAGCUACUUUGGCUUGUUGGCACAGCGAUGGAAACAUAUUUGCCAUUGCUAAUGAAAGAGGGCAAGUGCAACACUUUGACAUUGCCUUAACUUGUGUUAAAAGUCAAAUGUUGAGUGAAGACAUAUCUCCAGCCAACAUCGUUGAUUUAUCAUCUUAUUUUAGAACACAACCUGCACUAAUAAGACUAGAAUGGAGCAAAAAAAGCGAAUCCAAUUCGUUUAUCGAUUACUAUAACCACGGCGAUGCACUUUUCUUGUUGUUAUUUGAAAGAGGGCCUGUUGCAAUUAUUAGAAUAGUUGAGGGAGAAAAUUUGUCAGGUGACACACUAGUACAAAAAUAUUUGGCAUUAUCACAAGUCCAGCAAGCAACUUCUUUACUGCUGGCAAUGAACUGGGACUCGAAUCCACACAUUUGUAUGCACUCUUUGAAUCAAAUCGUAAAUCACUUAUUCAAACAGCCUCUGACGCCAGAACGUGAAAAUCUCAUACAAAAUGCUUUGGGAAGUUUUCACGUCCCGGUGAAACCAAUGAGUCAAUCGGUUGUAGAAGAGUACGGCGAUGAAGUUAGAGAUUUGACGAGAAGAUUUUUUCAUCACCUCCUGAGAUAUAGACUGUUUGAAAAAGCCUUUCGAUUGGCUAUAGAUCUGAACGAUCACGAUCUGUUCAUGGAUAUCCAUUUUUACGCGAUCGUGUUGAAGGACACUGAAAUGGCAACUGCUGCCAAGGAUAAGGCUGAAGAAAUAAUCAGCAGAUGCAAUAGCUGCAGUAGCUCACAUUCAACGUGUUCGCGACCCUCCUGCUCUCUCUGUUCGGAUUCAGGAAGUGAAAAGGACGAGUCUUACACGGACGAAACGGAAAGCGAAGAGUCUCCAAAGAAAGAAAAGGUUCACGUCAAACGCUCGUCCAAACACAAGUAUUCCAAGAACUCCAAUAGCCAAGCUCCACCUCUUCCCAUUCUUUACCCUCCGAUUUACAAUAGCAGUGGCUUCAUGUCCACGCCGUUUAACGAAGCUAUCGAUAAGACUGAAACUAACUUAAUGUCCACUUCCUUUAACGUACCUAAUUGCAGUAUUCCGUCAACCUCCUACAACUGUCCAGUGCCUAAUUUUAUUCCCGACGCUUAUUUAACUUCGGUACCCUACGUCGGUACCAACCCAGGAGCUUUCGCUCCGUUGACGAAUCCCACUUACACUCAGUCGAUGCGUAGUUACGACAAUCUUAUAUCACCCUUCCGAAGUCUAGCCGUAACUAAUCAAUUAACCCCGAGCGUAGCUCAAUCGUCUCUCAACAGCAUGUCGUUAGAAAACAUAACGAACUCCUAUCAAAUAGGGAAUUUCCUACCGCCUACCCUCACGAGUAUUCCUUUCGAGCCCAAGUCUAUCGAGGUUCCGGCGAGUUUAACGCAGUCUUCCAUCGACAACACGAGCAGCAACGUUAUGUCGACGUCGUUUAGCAAUCUUUUAUCCAAUCCAGACUCUACCUCGCAAACCGAUACCUACGUCGGUGCGGAGAUCGACGGUAGCGAUGCCAAAAUCGCUGGGCUAACUGUACUCGACACUCCGAAAACCAAUUCCGUCCAAGCCGAGGACUCGGUGAUAACGGUGAAACCGGUCGCGUGCAGUGAACCGCCUCCGCUAUCGGUUUUCAAUUCCGGUAGCAAUUUGAUGUCGACGUCUUUCAACGAUCCCGAGGAUCCUAACGACGAUACCAACUCGAACUCUUGCGACAGCAGUACCAUUGGUAAUUCGACCUCGAAGCAGAAACAUUCCUUGCUGAACAUUCCACCACCGCCUCCUUCCAUUACCGAUUCUUUAGCCAAUUACAUUCAUAAUUUGCCAAAGAAAAACUACGCUCUCUCGAGGAGCACACCCGGACUGGCUGAUGCGGACAGUCCACUUCUGAAGCUUCAGCAUGUCAAGUCUCUGCGCACGGCUCCCAACAUGCUGCAGCAGCAGAACUCGGUCUCGAACAUUUUGCAAAACCACCACAGAAACAACAAUUUUCAAUCGACCCGCAAGUACAGACUGGACUACGAUCUCGACUACGUGCCGUUUCACAAUAGUUGCGAUAAUCUAAGCACUCUACAUUCCAACAUCAAUCACAUGAAGUCCAACAGCUACAGCAUUCCGCCGAAAUCGUACGAGAGUAAACCUUUUAAGUUGACGUUUUCGCAAAGUAGUACAAACGUAAGCGCGGGCAGGGAACAUAGAUUGUCAUCUAACGUGCCACCCUUGCCUGUCAUAAACAAUUCCUGUACAAAUGAUAAAUCCUCCGCAUCGUCCACGACACCUGCGGAUGUGCAGGCAUCGCCGGUUGCGGAAAAGCCGAAAGUCAAGUUUUCUGACACUGUCACGCACAUUUUGGUACCGACUAAUACGGGAUCGACGUAUCCACGACCUAUUCAGAAAAGAACAGUCGCCCAGAUGCACCCCAUGGAUCCGAAACGAGAACUGGCCGAAAGUUUGCCGCUUUGUCUGGGAAACGACGAUUAUCUCAAAGAUUUCCAGCCCUUGCCUAAAGAAUGUGAUAAAGCAAAAGAAUCUCUGAAAACCGAGGAAACUGCCAAAAUCAAAGUUGUUCACUUUGGUCUUCUAUAGUAUUCAGCAAUAUUGGUGCGAGAAAUCAAAUGGACUCUGUUAAACAGAGUUUUUGUUAUAUAAUAGAAAAGUAUUAUGGAUGCAAUUUUGACAUAUUUUUUAUACAGCAGCUAUUCUGUAAAUAUAUAAUUUUAUAUACUUUUAUAUGAGACAUAAAUAAAAUUUUAUAUUGUAUUAAACUUAAAAA